CUCCGCACCUCUCCCCAUCUAUCUCAACAGCACAAGUCGUGCUGAACACAAGUCGUGGGUUUCUCUUCCCCAACACCUCUGCCGGCUGGCGGCGGUAGGCGAUUCUCCGCCAUCUCUCCGAUUGCAGAUAUGACGCGAAGUAAACUUCAUGUUGUUGAAUGCAAUGAUGAAUACAUGGCGGAGGAACAUAUUGAACAUGAGAAUGCCAUGCGUAAAGAUGCUGAUUCAUCUCAUGUUCAACCAUCAUCUUGUAAUGGUGAAGAAGGCUUGACUGAUAGUGAAGAUGAAGAGGACCAGGAUGACAGUGCUGCUAAUGAACAAGAUGAAAAUGGAGAAACAACCAAGCGUGGCAGGACAAGGCUAAAAGAAAUAUGGAAUCUUCCAAAAGGGCAGAGAAUUGUGGUCUAGUGCAAUGAACUAAACCAGCCAAUUGGAAAAGAAGCUGGACGUCUUGCGAAUUUUCUUGGCACGGUUGCUAGGAAUGGAAAAUUGUGUAGUUUGAGCUACAAGGACUGGAGAAAACUAAUAGGAGAGAGAGAAAAAAAGACCAAUGAACAAAGAAACAAAAGGGAUAUACUAGUGCAAGUAAAGAUGAGGUUUCUUUACCCUUCUCGUUUGGAAAAGUAUAUAUUAAAAAAAUUGGAGAUAGAUGGAGGGAACAUAAGUCAGAUCUGAAAGCAUUGUAUUUUGAUGCAAACAAGAACAUGGAAGUGAAUAACACCAAUGUUCCAAAGGGUGUGAUUAAGGAUCAGUGGAUUACUCUGGUCAGUAAUUGGAUGACCCCAAAGGCACAGGUACAUACACUUGCCAGAUUUGUUAUGUACAUGUUGCUCAGUCAUGGUAUGAAAUUAUGAAAAAUAUAUGUGCAUACAUUAUACAAUUGUUUGACAGGGGAUAAGUGAGACAAAUAGGAACAAUUGUGUGAUGAGGAAGUCUAAACACACGGCUAGAACUAAGAGUUUUCCACGAGUUAGAGAAGAGCUAGUCAGUUUAUAAGAACUCGAACUAUAUGCAUGUACAUCCCAUUUGUACUGCAGGUCUUUAAUAAAUUAACUGUUUGACCAAUAGAGACUAAAGGAUCCGGAAAAGAAGUACCCACACAGGGCUGUCUUAUACAUGCAUACACAUAAGCACAAAAGCGACAAGAAAAUGAAUGAACAAGUGGUUGAUUUGAAGAAACGUAUAGCGGCGAAUCCAAAUUUAGUAGAUACUAGUAGAGGAAAGACAGCAUGGAAAGGAGAUGUUUUGAAUGCAGUACUUGGCCCAGACAAGCCUGGACAUGUACAUGGCCUCGGACUAGUUCCGAAUCCAAAUCAAGUCUUUGAUGUGUCAACUUCACGCCACUUUCAGAAUAUACACCUUAGUUCAUUGGAGGAUACAUCGAAUGAAGAUCUUUUGGCUGUCAGACUUAAGAUGGAGAAGUUGGAGAAAAGAGUGGAAAACCAAGAUGCCAAAAUUCUGGAACUAAAAGGGAAGACAAAAAACUCUGAAGGACAGGUAAAUUCGAAGAAUUUCUCCAUUAUUCAAUACAUGUACUAAUUUUUAGGUUUUAGUUACAGGGUUCUUUGGAUCAGAUAUCUAAAUCUCGAGAUGUUCCUUCUAUUGCUAAGACAAUUUCAAAGAGAAAAAAUUUAUGGCGACGGUCAGAGUCAACUACUUGGUACUGUUGGGCAACAGAAUAAUGUGAAGAGCAAGGAAACAUUUCUCGAUGACAGGGAGAUGCAACCAUCAUACAAACGUCCUGCUGUGGAUAAGAACAAUGAGUCUUUCAUCCACGAUGAAAAUGUGCAACAAGAGAAGGAAAACACCAGUGCAGAUAAGGGUUCUUUGAGUGAGGAGUCUACAUCUCAAGAUGCUCUUUGUGUUAGCAAGACAAAUUCAAAACAAAAAAGAGUAUAUAGCAAUAGUCGUAGUCAACAACUUGGCACAGUUGGGUGGCAAAAUAAUGUGAUGAGCAAGGAAAACUUUCUCUAUGACAUGGAGAUGCAACCAUCAAACAAACGUCCUUCUAAGGAUAAGAAUAAAGAUACUUCUAUCCAUGAUGAACAUGUGCAACAAGAGAAAGAAAACACUAGUGCAGAUAAGAACACUAGUAAGAUCUCAAGAGGAGCUAAUGCAACAAAGCAUGCCAAUAAACAACAAUGCAGUACAACAAAUUGCCUGGGUGCUGACUCGAUAGAUGUUGGCACUGUAGUAUUUUUGAAGAGCUUGGGAAAUCCAAACAGGAAUGUUGCUCUUGGUACGCUCCAAAGCAUUGAACCAGAAUAUAAAGUUGAGGGUGUUCAUCUUGAUAAGUUCAACAAUGGAGUGACAUGGACAAGAGGAUGUGGAACCCCUUCAAGAUGCUAAGGACAAAGGAUUGGCUCAAG